UGAUCAGUUUGCUUCUGGCCUUGGUGACAGAGGCACGCGUUGCUCCUUAUAACUAAAGAAAAAAGUACUCUGGUUCACUUUUGCAGUCUCAAGUCUCUGUUUUUGUUUUUGUGUGAACUCUGUAUAGCAAUAAAAGCAUUUCAAAAGUAUAUAAACAACUUGGAGUACAUUAUGUUGGGCACUCAAAGACGAAGCAAAUCCUUUGACGGUGAGCUCGAUGACCGACACAGUAGAAGGACGUUUGUUGAAGUCUCUGAUCGAAAAAGCUCAAAGAAAACUGCAAAUGUCGAUAAAAAACGGGAAGAUAAACAGAUAAUGAAUAACUACAGAAAUAACGAAACUGACCUGCAUAAGGCUGAGAGGAAUUUGAGUAUGAUCGAAAUGAGGGAGAACGAGGAAAGAAGAAGUAGGAGCAGCAGAGGCGACGAGGAACAGCAUCUCAGAGAAUACGUCUUCUCGAAACGAGGCAUCGAACUCCAAGAAGCAACGAGGCGGACGAAGGAAAAUGGCGACCCAAGGAGACUUCGAGACUCCGGCCGGAAAGUCAGACGGGACAAAGACAAGAGGAAGUCCUACCCGAGCGAAGGCAGCAGGAGGACUCGAACUCCCCGGAGGUCGAGGAGGCCUUCCCCGGUGAGGUCGGUCUCCAACAACUCGACCUCCUCCUUGACCUGCUAUGACGACAACGAUGAUAGCAUUGCUUAUAUCGUGUAUGAGCGAGCUACCAAUGGCGGGCCAGACGAGUGGGAGAGCGAGGAGAUCACGCUGGAGAGAGGGAACCAGGGGUUGGGCUUCAGCAUCGCUGGCGGCACAGACAACCCCCACAUUGGCUCGGACACUUCCAUCUACAUCACCAAGCUGAUACCUGGGGGAGCAGCGGCCAAUGAUGGUCGACUGCAGAUUACAGAUGUUAUAGUAUCCGUUAACGAUGUCAGUGUUGUCAAUGUUCCUCAUGCAUCGGCAGUUGAUGCACUUAAACGUGCUGGUAACACUGUACAUUUGUGCGUGAAACGUCGCAAGCGCCCCCCAAAUGUUAUGCUCUUGGAGGUUGAAUUGAUAAAGGGAAACAAAGGACUCGGAUUCAGCAUUGCAGGCGGCAUAGGAAAUCAACACAUCCCUGGUGAUAAUGGUAUCUACAUCACAAAAAUAAUGGAGGGAGGUGCAGCACAUGUCGAUGGACGUGUGUGUGUUGGGGACAAGUUAGUUGCUGUAAGAGAAACUCCAUCUGGAGAUGUAAAUCUAGAAAACGUAACCCAUGAAGAUGCCGUUGCCUGCCUCAAGUCGACCAGCGAUCGUGUUGUCCUGGUCUUGGGUAAGGUGGUUGCUCCUCAGAAUAAUGCCACCACAGACCUCAACCCUUCCAUACAACCCUCCCAUCACCAUCAAGACCAUUCGCCCCCACCCCUAUCUAUCUCUUCCUCAAUAGGCUCUCCUCCUACUCCCUCCUUCCCGUCCUGAUCCUUUGUCCUUUCUUAGUGUUAACAUUGUAGUUAGACCCUUGUUGUUGUUUUCGUUAUAUACUAAAAUGCUUUUUUGUUUUAAUUUAAUUUGUUUACCUAUGAUGAGUUUUGUUUUGGUAAUUUGUUUUCCCUUGCCUGUUCCCUUCCAAUAUUCCCAUGCUAUGUAGGUAAGAAAAUAGGUUGUUUACAUUUUUAGUUUAUAGUUAUUCGUAUUCGUGGAGUGUUAUGUAGUGAAGUGCAAACCAUGGAAGCUUCAUUAAAUAUAAUAUUCUUUAGCCUCAUUAAAGAUGAUGUGUGGUUCUGCAUAUAAUGGCUACCGCAUUUCAGUUUUUAGAUAGAGUAUUGGUUAAGUGCUUUUAGUUUUAAUCUCAUUUCCUAGGCUGUUAUGUCUUAGUGGUUUUAAUCUCAUUAUGUAGGCUGUAAUCAAGUGGUUAACCCUUAAACUGCUAAGUAUUUAAAAGUCCUACAUUAGGUGUGCGUGGAAAAAAAAAAAAAUUGAAUACCCAUAAGGAUGAAUCACAUAUGGCAGUUUGAGCAGAACAUGAUUGGAGCAGUGUAAGGGUUGAGCCUAAUUGUUGGUCUUCAUCUUACUCAUAACGUGAUAGAUUAAGCUUGUUGAUAGUUGUGUGCUGAAUAACCAGCAUAUAACACUCCAGAUCCUUAAUGCCAGCUGUCAGGUUACAGUAUACAGUGGAACCUCGAGUGACGAGCAGCUCCAGUUACGAGUAUUUCAAGUAACGAGCAAACCACUCGCAGAUAAUAUGUCUCAACUGACGAGCUUUUGCUCGAUUAACGAGCAUUCCCACUGGUUCUCAGACACCUUCGACGACAGUUUUGUUGUUGUUUCGCAAGAUGAGUUUUCCACAUGACGAGCUCGGUGCUGGAACAGAUUAAACUCGUUAAUCGAGGUGCCACUAUAUAUCCUUUGUGUUUGUGCUAUAUAAUAAACCUGCACAUGCUUCCCAAUGUGAUG